GCUCAGCAGGAGUGUCGGACGCCCGGCUUCGUAGACGCCGACUUUAGUAUUCUUCGUUUAUUUUCUUUUCUAUUCGUUUCAUUUGUCGCUCAGACCUUUUGCCUCCACAAACAAGUAAUAAUUUGACUUUAUAAGUGUAACAAGUGCCGUAGUGUUCGCUGGUUAUUUGUUCUGACAGUGUCACGUGGAGUAUCAUUUUUGUUUUACCGGUUCCGGAGUAUUCAACUGUUUAUUAGCAGUGACCUUCACUUACCACAGGUAGAGCCGGCGAAACGUCUAGGAGACGCCUCAGUUUUAUUGGUAUCUUCGUAAUAACAAGCAUUUGUGGAUACUAUACACAUUGUUCUACGAAUACACAGUUUUCUUGUUAGAAAGUGACAAACAUAACACGUAUAUGCAACGGAAAACUAAGUAAAAGACUCCAAAGUGUUAUCAAGUGAAGUCAAAAAGUGUGUGCAACUUAAAAUAUAACCUUGUUCGAAAUUGGCGCGUGUUUUGGAGCAUGCGCAGUUAACACAUUGUUUCUAUAAUUCAGUUUAAUUAACAAACAAAAUAAGUGUAGUGUGGCUUGUGUAUAAGUUCAAUGUUAAUAAAGUGAUUUCUUGUGAUUCAAUAACAUAAACUACAAGAUAAGUUUUUUUGGAUUUCAAACCUUAACGUACACCUGUGGGAUUUUUGUUUCUACCUGCGCGCGCAUUCUGUUAUUGAGACCGUGGCAGCUAUGAUGUCCUGUCCUCUCCCACUUCCGCUGAUGUCAGCGCUGCACCCUCAACCUGCAUUAGCAUCAGACUUUCCUGUACACAUUGGAAUCAAGGGCCCGAUUUUAUCCUGAACUACGCCAGAAGAGAGUAAAAUAAAAUCUUGCAUGAGGCGUGCUUAAGCAUAAGUGGUAAAAAUAACGCUCGGAAUAAAAUACGGAUUUGGCAUCCCCUUUCUUCCAGGCGACACUCCCAUUUCGUGAAAUGGUCAAGGUGAGUGAAUCUUCACUACUUGAGUGCAGCAACGGUCGCUACACAGCGUCCGAAACGAGGGGCUCUGACGAGCUUCUUGCGCAGAGUGGUGUCACCGUGAUGGCGCCCGCAGCGCCCCACCACGCUGACAAUAACAACCAGGAUUCUGCUGCUAAAAAAGUAAAACUCGAACAGAAUGUCGGUAAGCCGUCCAGGGUGAUACACAUACGGAAUAUACCGAAUGAGACGACGGAGGCAGAGAUCAUACAGCUGGGGCUGCCGUUCGGACGAGUCACCAAUGUGCUCGUACUCAAGGGAAAGAACCAAGCUUUCUUGGAGAUGGCGGAGGAGAUAUCAGCGGUCGCAAUGGUGGCUUACUUCGGCGGCUGUGUCGCUCAGCUCCGUGGUCGCGCCGUCUACGUUCAGUUCUCUAACCACAAGGAGCUGAAAACCGACCAAACUCACAGCAAUGCGUCUGCCUCAGCACAAGCCGCGCUCCAAGCAGCUCAAGUGAUCUCGAACACUGCAGGGGCUGCUAUCGUCGCAGGCACCGGGGCCGCUCUACAACCCGCUAAUGGGGGCACUGAAAUACAGGGCGGACCAAACACAGUGCUGCGUGUGAUCAUCGAGCACAUGUUGUAUCCCAUCGUGCUCGAUAUAUUGUACUCUAUUUUCCAACGCUACGGAAAAGUGCUCAAGAUUGUAACAUUCACCAAGAACAAUACGUUCCAAGCUUUAAUUCAAUAUCCAGACACUGGAUCAGCGCAAAUGGCGAAAACGGCACUCGACGGCCAGAACAUCUACAACGGAUGCUGCACCCUCCGCAUCGACUAUUCCAAGAUGACUUGCCUGAACGUGAAGUACAACAACGACAAGUCGAGAGACUACACCAACCCCACACUGCCCUCGGGCGAUGGUGACACCCACCAGCUGUUGACCAGUGAGUUGAUGUCACUGCGAACUCGAAUCGCCCUGGGCCUCGCAUCCGGGAAGAGUGGUGGUGUCUUGGCACCUCCGUUCUUAGGUCUGGGAUCGGGACUGGCUUCGCCAUACGGCGUUGGUGUCGGUGGAGUGGGUUUGCCAGCUUUUGGGGCUCUCACCUUGACCCCGGCAUCGCCAGCCCUUCGAGCAUUGGCCGCUCCGCCGCUACCCCUUGCUACUGUCCUCCUAGUAUCAAACCUGAACGAAGAGAUGGUCACGCCUGACGCUCUCUUUACCCUUUUCGGCGUGUAUGGUGAUGUGCAGAGAGUGAAGAUCCUUUACAACAAAAAAGAUUCAGCCCUAAUUCAGAUGGCGGAACCUCACCAGGCCCAUUUAGCCAUGACACACAUGGACAAGCUGCGAGUGUUCGGGAAGGCGAUGCGUGUGAUGCUGAGCAAGCACCAGACCGUUCAGCUGCCCAAGGAGGGACAACCAGACGCUGGACUUACACGUGACUAUUCUCAAAGUCCGCUGCACAGAUUCAAGAAGCCAGGAAGCAAGAACUAUCAGAAUAUUUACCCACCAAGCGCUACCCUCCAUCUCUCUAACAUACCAGCCACGGUUGCUGAGGAUGAAAUCAAGGAGGCGUUCGCUAAACGUGGCUUUACAAUUAAAGCGUUCAAGUUCUUCCCGAAGGAUCGUAAAAUGGCUCUUGUGCAGCUGCCCUCCAUCGACGACGCUGUCGCCGCUCUCAUCAAGAUGCACAACUACCAACUCUCAGAGUCCAAUCAUCUCAGAGUUUCCUUCUCCAAAUCAAGUAUUUAAAGUAUCCCACACACUCCCUAAGGAAUAUCACACGUUGGUCGCGUUUCGCCCUAAUUAGAGAUAACGCAUCAGAUUUUGUUGCCAUCUUGGCUGAAAUGUAAUUGUUUUGACAUAAAUUUGUUUUGUAAUUGCAACAAAAUUUGAUGAUCGGCGAACGCGCGACUGUACCUCUCUCAUACUCGACAACUUGACUCGACUGAAUUAUAUUGUAUCUUCAUUACGCUUACUUGGAACAGUUAAGAGGUUAAGUGCUACUCUACUUCCCUAGUGUUACGUCUUUAGGGUAGCGACAUCUAACGGCAGCUCCUAGUACUAACUCACUAUUUUUAUCUACCCUCAUCUAGCUAUGAUUUGUAAAAGAGAGUAUUUAUAUUUGGUGUGGUAUUUCAUUCCGUGUAUAUUAUUGAUAUUCUUUUAUUUUUUUACAUAGAUAUUAUACUUUCCAAGUGAUUUUUCGAUAAUUUCUUUCGAUGAUGCAGAUCGCAAUGUGAUUGCGUUACAGUUAUUUGCAAACUACAAGGAUCAUAGGCAAUGUUAAACAUUGCACUCGUUACGCCCGUGUUUCUAUUUCGCAUUAUAUUAUAUUUUAUUCAUAACACGUUGAGGCCACGUAUCAACAUAUUAUGUUUGAUGUCACAUAUUAUAAUUUGCAGUUAUCACUGUAAAAUAGUUUAUUAACAUAUUUAUCUAUUUCAAUGUGCACAAUUGAUUAAUGCAUUUUUAAGUACCUAGGUAAAGUUUUGUGCGCAUACACAUUUUAUUUUACUGAACGAAACACUGUUUAAAAAUGUGUAUGUGUGUGCAAUAUUAGUUGUUACGAUUUUAUUAAAUUUAAGGUUAUAUCAUCUUCAACCGGUUAAAUCCGGUUCUUCACUUACAUUUCUUUGUUAAUUGUAGUUAUUUCGAUUAGUUAGUGUAAUCACAUCUUUUGUAUUACUUAGUUGUUAAAUGAUAACGGGAUAAGCCCACGCGUUUGAACAUGGUCGUAUACUAUGACGUCACUAAAAUGGCGGUUGUCCUAUUCUCAAAGAGCUGGGGUUAUAUAAACGCGCACGUGGAUUCAGGUGACGAAUUAGUGACAUGAUGCAUUUAUUUGAUGUUAAUUUAUAUUAAUGGUAGCUACAAUAAAUGCUCGUGCAUUCUUCACUUCACUAGGCUAUUUAUAAUUUAAUUUGUAUAAAACUUGUUUAUCGUACCUAUUGUAAUGUGGAACGACAUAUUAAUUUACUGGAGGAAGUUUAUUAGGCUCACACUGUUGUCGUAAUUGUCUGGUCUUCAGUAAAUUAAUUUACAGCGUCGUUUGGCUGCUACGUAACUGAAGUAUUUCCAAGAUCUGAUCUACCUUUCUGCAUGUUUUGUCUUACAUUCACACUGUAUCGUAAAUACAGCAGUAUUUUAGCUCAUUGAUAUACUCAUCUUUAAUUGUAAAUAGUUUCCCAAACACUUCAAUUAUUCUCGAUUGGUCUCUCACACAUCUUUGCCUUCUUAAAUUUAAAUGCGUCUAGUCCAAACAAAAGGAUAUUUAGUUGUGAAUUAGGUGAAAGCUCGAAAUGUGCGCCAUAUCCAAGUCUGGUGAAGCUAAAUAUUGGUCAAGCAAGCUAUUCAGUGCUGUGUUGUGCUCAAGCUGUUAGGACCAGUCGUAGGUGUUCAGUUACACGUCCAAACAAUGUGAUUAGGCAAACAUGCGUGAAACAGAGACCUGAUUAUGACGAAUAAGGCGCCGUUUGAAUCGGCGAUAUAAUAUCAAUUAUCUAAUGAUAAGGGUAUCACGUCCCCCACAAGCCGUAAACGGUUUAUUUGUUCCAUAUUCCGGUUAGAGUUGGCAAGUGGCGACGAGGGUUCUUUUUCCCCAGAAUCGUGAAAAUAUCGCUUCGAACAUAUCCUCUUUGUCACAAAUAGUCCAAGUCGUUAGAUAUAUUUACACUAUAAAAUUGUAUCGUAAUUAUACAUCACGUAUGGAUUAAAAUUAACAUAAAACUAGAGCUUAGUAAGAAGAAAUUAAAAAAAAAUAAUAGUUUUCUCUAAAUCGUAAGGUAUAAGGAUAUGUAGAGUUUUGUUCUGGUAUCGUGUUAGUCGGCAACGGUAAGCAGUAAGUAUAGGUCGGUAUAGAUAAUGUUAGGUGACCAGGGUGAGGUGAUAUUUUGCGCAUUUUUGAAUGUAUUUUACUCAAGCGGUACAGAGGCAACGCUGUGCCUGAUGAAAUGAACUGCAAACGAGUGGCGAGGGUUCGGUUCUGUUUGACGCGAUCGCGGCCGGAGGAACACGUACCUAUUUAUAAUUAUUAUAAUCAAUUGUUAAGGUAAAGAGAUUACAUAUCUAACUAUACUCAUCGAAGAACGCUACACACUUACCAUUCGACACUUCAAGCCAGAUUGUUUUAAAACUACCCGCAAAUUAAACUUAUUUGAUAUUUCGCUUGCGCUCAAACUAUAGGUCGGUGUGUAUCGUUCACGGGCCUAAAACUAUCCUCAAUAAACUGGUAUUGACUAAUAGAUAAUCUAUAGGAAUCUAUGUGUUUAGAAAAGUAUUUUAAAAUAUUUAGGAUAAUUAUAUAUCGCUAAGGUAAUAAAAAGUUAUUAAUUAAAUCAGUGUUUAGAAUGAGAUGCCAAAUUUAAAGUCAAUACACAUUAUUUUAGGUAAAUCGUAAAUUAAUUAACUAAUCUUAACAUUUAUUAAAGAGUUGAUGAAAAAUGUUACAGUUGAAUUAUAUUUGAGAGUUUUAUUAAGCGCAGUGUAUGCAAUUUAUUCAUUGUAAGUGAAAAUUGUUUCAAUUUGUUGGUUAAAGUUAUGCGUUGAGAAAACAAUGUGAAUGUUGGUUUUCAUGUAUCUUUCAAUAAACAUUUUGUCUUCGGAUUCCCGCUUUUAUCCUAAUUCGUUGUAUUUGAACUAUUUUAUCUUUUCUUAGACGUUUAUUGCUUGUUUAACAUAAUUCUUAAGUCAUAUCUCUCCAUAUCAACUUUAUACAACUCGCUUUUGUCUUCUUAAUAUAACUUUAAGCUUACGGUUAUCUAUCAUAUUAUGUAACAACAUAAUUCAACAUAUCAAUAGUAACUUUGGGUAAGGCGCAUCUAUUUUGUGUUUUUCGAAACAUUUUUUUCUUUUGUUGUUUAACCUUAGUAUAAGUUUCGAUGUAUUUCAAACGUCGAUCUAUUUUCUUAUUUUAUUUAGAUUAAGCUCUCAUGUGUUUAAUUUCAUUCUAUUUUUUUCCUUUAUUAAAAUAUUAUCAUUAUAAUAUGCUUUUUUUCUUUAUUUUUCCUUAUCCAACCCACUUACAAUAAGCGAUGCCAAACCGUAUGCCUUGUACUAUUUAUAACUUAAUGAAUAUCUCGAUACAUUUCAAUAUCAAUAUUUUUGUGUAUCUCUAAAUAAUUAACUGACUUUUAAUAUUUUUCUGAAAAGGUUCAAAUAUGUAUAUAAACAUAAAAAUUUGAAUGGGAUCAAUAUAAUGGAAGGAUGCAUUCUAUUACAUCCUACUCUAGGCAUACUCAGACAUUAGAUGUAACUAUCCUGUCAUGCUAACGUUUCAAUAGUAAGAAAUUCUUCGUGUUUGCCCUUCGUUGAUUCUAACUUACAACUCGAAUGAAUUUAUAAUGAUUACAGGUUGUUAAGUAAAUGUGAAGGGAGUAAGGGACUGUUUUGCUAAUCAAUAAUGCGUUGUAUAUUAUCAAAUGGAGUUAGCACAGGGUAUAUAUUUAUAUGAUCAUCCCUGCUCAGGAUGGUUAGUCCGUGCCACGUCCCUUAUUCCGAAUGUGUUGAAAGAACUGAAUCAUUUCAUAUUGAAACGUUGAAUUAGACAUGUUUAACUAUAACUGCCAGUUGAUAGGUUGUUUGUUUGUACAUCUGUUAUAUUUUUUAAGCAACACGAGGCACUCUACUGCGUUCUGAUCAAUUUGAGAAAUCUAGAAAUUGGCAGUUAUUUGUGUUGAUUAUUCCAGUGUAAAUACUAUAUACACUACUUUAUAAACAAAAUAUUCUAGUAUUUAUUACAGAUUUAACUACAUAAUCAUUACUUUAAGAUUUAUUAGAUAAAUAAUCCUACUCAGACAGUAGUUGUUCUAGUAAUUAAUUAGAUGAAAAUUUAAAAAUAACCUCGUAGAUAAUUAUGUACUACCCACAUUUCUUUUUAGAAUCGGUUCAUUCGUUUAUUAUUAAAAUGGUGUGCAAAUUAAAGGGUUGUGUGUAAAGUUAACAUAGUUUAAUAGAUGUAUACAAACAGUCUGUGUGCCGAGAUGUUAUGUCACCAUUUUAUGUAAAGCACAUCUGUUUAUUUUAUCUGUGAAUAAAAUAUUUGACGAAA